CCCCUUUCCAAUUCUGAAACUGUGCGUUUUUCACGGCCAUGGUCUACAGUCUACACAAAGAAACAAGGAACACCAAGAAAAUAGCUAAGCUAAAUUCCCUCUGCUUUCCUAUUUUUGUCGGUAACCUUGUGCGCUUUCCUUUCCCUAUCGAACACUAAUUGUCUUCCACGCCAAGAAACCCAAUAAGUUCACCACCACCCCUACCUAAUGCCUUUCACAAUGAAGAGAACUCAAGAGAGUGAAAAGCACUAGUUUGUUUAACAAUAUGAGGGGUUUAACAAAGAGAUGGUCUUUUGCCAUCUUUUGCCUCACUUUCUUCACCACUCUCUUCCCAAUCUCGCUCUCUGCAGAUACCUUAUCUUCGACCGAAAGUCUCACCAAUAACCGGACCCUCGUCUCCGCCAGCGAGGUCUUCGAGUUUGGCCUUUUCAGGCCUGGCAGCAAAGGAUGGUACUUGGGCAUUUGGUACAAGAAAAUCCCCACCGAAACAUACGUUUGGGUCGCAAACAGAGACACCCCUCUUCUGAAUUCCUCAGCAACUCUCAAGUUCGACGAUCAUGGAAGCCUUGUCCUUCUCGAUCCCUCCGGGAACAUCACGUGGUCGGCGAAUCAAACCCGAACAGCACAAAACCUGGUUCUGCAGCUUUUAGAUUCCGGCAAUCUCGUCGUCAGAGAAGAAAACGACGAUGACCCAGAAAAUUACUUGUGGCAGAGCUUUCACUAUCCUACGGAUACUCUGUUACCGGGUAUGAAGCUCGGAUGGGACUUCGGUUUCGAAACGUACUUGUCGUCGUGGAAAACCACGAGCGACCCUUCAACGGGAGACUACUCUUUCAAGCUCGAUCCCCGCGGAUUCCCGGAGAUUUUCCUGAGAAACAAUCAGGUGAUAACAUACCGUAGCGGGCCUUGGAACGGGAAUAGAUUCAGCGGAGUACCCGAAAUGGCGCCGGUAAAAGGUAUUCAAUUCAGCUUUGUUGACCGCGAAGAUGAGGUUUAUUACACGUUUUCCAUAAGCAACAAUUAUCUUCUGUCUCGUUUGGUGGUCGGUCCUUCUGGAGUUCUCGACCGGUUCACAUGGGUCGAGAGCAGCCAAACAUGGAACACGUUCUGGUACGCUCCCAAGGACCAAUGCGACGACUACAAAGAGUGCGGUCCAUACGGCGUUUGCGACUCGAACGCUUCGCCGGUGUGCAAGUGCCUGAAGGCGUUUGCGCCGAGGAAUCCGCAGGCGUGGGAGCUGAGAGAUGGGUCGGACGGGUGCGUUAGGAGGACGGAGUUGGGGUGCAACAGUGACAAGAUUUGGACGGCGAAGAACGUCAAGUUGCCGGAGAGUUCGAGCGCUUUCGUCGACCGGAACAUGAGUCUGGAAGAGUGUAGGAAGCUUUGUCUGGAGAAUUGUUCAUGCACGGCUUAUGCCAACGCCGACAUUGAAAAUGGAGGGACGGGGUGUGUCACAUGGAGCGGUGAGCUAAUCGACAUUAGGGACUAUGCUGAAGGUGGACAAGUUCUCUACGUCAGGUUGGCAGCUGCUGAUUUAGAAAAUGAUUGGACGCCAAAGAAAAUAAUCAUUAUCGUGGCAGUUGCUGUUGGUAUCUGCGUUCUAUUAUCAGUACUAUUUGUCGUGUGGAGGAGGAAGGCUAAAGAAAAUACAGAGACUAGAGGUCCACGUGAAAAGAGCCAGGAUUUACUGUUGAAUGAAAUGGUCAAUUCAAAGAGAGAGGGCUACUCGGGUGAAAGGGAUAAGGAUGAGCUAGAUUUGCCAUUGUUCGAUUAUCGUACAAUGGCAAUGGCUACGAAUAACUUUUCUGAUGAAAACAAACUGGGACAAGGUGGUUUCGGCAGUGUUUAUAAGGGUAUGUUAGUAGAAGGGCAAGAAAUUGCUGUGAAGAGGCUCGCAAAGAACUCCGCCCAAGGGAUUGAAGAAUUCAAAAACGAGGUCAGAUUGAUUGCUAAGCUUCAACACAUUAAUCUGGUCCGUUUACUUGGCUUCUGCAUUGAGAUGGACGACAAGAUGCUGAUAUACGAAUACAUGGAAAAUAGAAGCUUGGAUUCUAUUUUAUUCAAUAAGGCGAAAAGCUCUUUGCUUGAUUGGCAAAAGCGCUUCAAUAUUAUUUGUGGAAUUGCUCGUGGGCUUCUUUACCUUCACCAAGAUUCGCGAUUUAGAAUUAUUCAUAGGGACCUCAAGGCAAGCAACAUCCUGCUUGAUAGAGAAAUGACCCCAAAGAUAUCAGACUUUGGAAUGGCAAGAAUGUUUAGUAGGGAUCAGACUCAAGCAAACACAAUAAGAGUAGUGGGAACAUAUGGAUAUAUGUCUCCUGAAUAUGCAAUGGAUGGGCUCUUCUCGGUGAAAUCUGACGCCUUUAGUUUCGGUGUUCUGGUGCUGGAGAUCGUUAGUGGUAAAAAGAACAGGGGAUUUUAUCAUGCAAACAGUGAACUAAACCUUCUAGGACAUGCCUGGAAUCUAUGGAAGGAAGGAAAGGCGUUGGAACUCGUAGAUUCAUCAAUUGGUGAGUCAUACUCUGCCUCUGAGGUGUUAAGGUGCAUACAAGUCGGCCUCUUAUGCGUCCAAGAGCGUGCAGAAGAUAGACCUAAUAUGUGCUCUGUGGUUUUGACGCUGGGUAGCGAGACUGCAACAAUGCCUCAGCCUAAAAACCCCGGUUUUAGCCUCUGCAGGACUCCAGUUGACACCAAUUCAUGGUCGAGCAAGCAGGAAGAUCAAUCGUGCACUGUGAACCAAGUCACAGUCACAGUGAUAGAUGGCAGGUAGAAGCUACGUCCUUAUUAGACGUGCAUGUUUUUUCACUAUACAUCUUGUGUAACGAACCACAUUUUUCUGUACAUAUUGUUCCACAGAAUCUUCCUACAGUUUUUGAGUUCCAUAGAUUGUCAAAGCAUAAGAUUCAUUUUAAUUUGAUUUGUUUAGUUCAGUAAAUACGAGAUACUUGAUGUUUCAAGAGGAGCAUCUUUUCCUACUCCACAACCCUUUGCAUUACAGUAAUGAAGUCGAUGAAGAUUGGAACU